AUUAGGGCCCUCUUGCGCGAUCAUGGCAUUUUUUUUUUCAUCACGGUGUACCUUUGUAGGCCACAUGGGCUUGAGCUUGGGCGGGGAGAGCUUUCAUGCGAAAGUUGAGCUUUUUUUCUUUUCCUUCAUCAACAUCAAGUAAAAGAUCCCUCAAAGUGUUUUGCUACGUGUUGUGCAAAAACAGGAAGAAUUUGCGCUGUUGGCAUGAAGAAAACUAUUUCUAUGAAGAAGUUAGGGAAUAAAAGCUCACCACUUUGAAAUCACGCCGAGUAGUUUUGUUGGAGAACUUGUCCAGUGAAGAAGACUCCGCGGGGGAGACUUCUUUAUAAAGUUUCAUUUUUUUUGUGCGCAUUUUGUGGCAACAAAUCACCACAAUUUUCGGCCAAAUAAAAUCUGUCCUAAAUUGAUUAAAUUAUAUUAUUAUAGAGAAAUGCCCUAAGCGUGAAAAUCUAGAGAGGAACAAUCAAGUGAUAUUAUACGUGUGCGUUGAAGCAAAAGACUUUUUUCUGUGUGAAAAAAACUUUCAAAUUGUGAUAGAAGAGGCACAAAGAGAAUUUUUAUUGAAAUAAAAAUUAUAAAGCAAAUAAGAAGAGAAAAUUGAAGAAGAAAAAAGCUCUCAAAGGGUGAAGAAAAUGGAAACAGAUCACAUAAAUAACAACAACCACGAGAGGAUUGUGAAGAAACCAACAAAAGCCCUCUCGAGUCUCAGGACGAAAUGGAAUCUCAAGAGUACAGCAUUCGCCGAAAGUACAAUCAACCCCAUUAGGGCCAUUGUGGAGGGACUCAAAUUCACCCCAAACCCCGAGAAGCAAAUGAUCCCACUCUCAAUUGGUGACCCAACAACAUUCGGCAACCUCCAACCAUGCUCCGAGAUCGUGGAGCCUGUGAUUGAGAUGCUGCGCCUGAACCAGUGCAAUGGGUAUGGACCAUCAACUGGUCGCGUGGAGGCUCGUCAGGCUGUGGCUGAGUACGAAGCGACAAACAACAAUGUUGGUCCCCUCACAGCUGAAGAUAUCAUCCUCUGCAGUGGCUGCUCAUCUGCCCUUGAACUCUGCAUUGCCGCCCUCGCUGAUAGUGGUCAGAACAUCCUCAUUCCACGACCUGGCUUCUCAAUCUACCAAACACUCGCUCCUGGCUUUGGGGUCUCACUGCGGAUGUAUAAUCUCCUGCCAGAGCGGAAUUGGGAGAUUGAUUUGCUCCACUUGGAGUCGUUGAUUGAUGAGAAUACAGCUGCCCUCAUUGUCAUCAAUCCAAGUAAUCCCUGUGGUAGUGUCUUUAGUAAGAGUCACCUCCAGCAGAUUAUUAAAUUAGCAGAAAAAUACUACCUCCCCAUUAUUGCUGAUGAGAUCUACGAACACAUGGUUUUCCCGGGAAAAGUCUUCCAUUCCGUGAGUUCUCUGUCCAAGAAUGUGCCCGUCCUCUCCUGCGGUGGUCUCACGAAGCGUUUUCUCGUACCCGGAUGGCGAAUGGGAUGGAUCACAAUUCACGAUCGACACAAUCUCUUCAAGAACGUCCGAACAUCCCUCAUGAAGUUGAGUGCACGCAUCCUAGGACCCAAUGCCGCCAUCCAGGGAGCUCUACCACGAAUCCUCACUGAGACACCGCAAUCAUUCUUCGAUGAAACAGUCGCAAUUUUGCAGAGACACGCAAAUGUUGCGUAUGAAAUUCUCAGUGAAGUCCCCGGAUUGAAGCCAAUAAUGCCCGAUGGUGCAAUGUACAUGAUGAUUGGGAUAGAUGUGGACAAUUUCCCGGAAUACGCAACAGAUUUGCAUUUUGUAAAGGCACUAGUUGAAGAUCAGAGCGUCUUCUGCCUACCUGGACAGUGUUUUGAAUAUCCAAACUACAUAAGGAUUGUUCUAACAGUUCCGGAGGACUUACUACGCGAAGCCUGCUUCAGGAUUGCCGAAUUCUGUGAGAAACACUUCAAAAUUGACGAGAGGAUCAUUCAGAAUGCAAUUAUAGACACAGUUAAUUGAGAUUCUCACUUAUAUGCCAUUCUUAAGGACUUUUUUCUUGUCAUCUUUAAUGUAUUAUUUGACAUUAUAAAUAUAUUUUUUUCUAUUAAUACUAAAA